AAAAAUCGGUGUUUUGUUUUAGGGUUGAAGUGGUGCAGUAUUGUAAGUCGGCAACAUCGGUGAUGUCGAAAUUUUAGACUCCCGGCAAUCUUCGCGGCUUUCAUCUCAUCUCAUGUCCCAGUCCAGAAUACCCAGACAUCCUUGUUAAACACUGAACACAACGACGGCGAAUUUUACGAAGGUAUCAUCCUCUUCUUCUUUCUUUGACUCUCUCUCUGAAUUUCAAUUUUCUUUUCACUCUGACUUUUACACAGGCGUCUAGGGAGUCAACGCUCCUGGCUCCAUCGAGGCACAGUUUUGAGGUGAGUUCAACUAAGCUGGGGAAAUAAUUUGUUCUCCACUGGAAAUAUUCUAAACCAGCAUUAAAAAAUGGUGGUUGAAGAAUUAAACAGGACUAACUAGAUCAGUAGGCGAUUAAAUUGUAUUCGUUCUUGGGUGGAAUGGGAGUAAUGUGACUUGUUUUUGGAAAGAGCGCUGCGUUGAUGGUCACUUUAUGCUGGGCUUCCCUUUUCACCUCCUCUUUGCCAUUUGCCAUGCUUUCCAUCAUGGCUAGAUAAGCAAAUUUUGGUUACAAUAACAUUUGAAAUGAACAGAAGGCCUGGUCUGACUUUGGCAGGUUGUUACUUGGGUGUUGUUAUCUGAUAAUUUGUUUGUACAAGGAGCGCAACUUGCAUGCAGAAAUUACAGAAAGGCCAUAAUAAAAGGGAGGGAUCUAAGUCCGUGGCGGAGACGCUGGCUAAAUGGAAAGAAUAUAAUGCCCGGCUUGACUCUUGCAGUGAUGCAGACAAGCCAAUUCGGAAAGUUCCUGCCAAAGGAUCCAAGAAGGGAUGCAUGAAAGGCAAAGGAGGGCCUGAGAACUCUCGUUGUAACUACAGGGGCGUAAGGCAGAGGACAUGGAGCAAGUGGGUUGCUGAGAUUCGAGAGCCAAACAGAGGAAGUAGGCUCUGGUUGGGUACAUUUCCUACUGCCAUUGGAGCUGCUCUUGCCUACGAUGAUGCAGCAAGAGCAAUGUAUGGCUCUUUUGCUCGCCUCAACUUUCCCAAUGUUUCAGUUUCCAAUUUUUCAAAUGAAGUUGCAAAUCAAUCUGAUUCUGCAGUGCCCACUGAGUCUGUGAUGUCCCCAACGAACUCUGGCUCAGAUGAGUUAGAUGAUACCGACAAAAAACCUGAUCCCUUGAAUGUAAAAGUUGAGGAAGGGGAAGUUGAAUUGAGGAUCAAUUCCUCCACGCUUUCAUGAUGUAUAUUAUGCACAUUUUUAUUUGGACGUGUCUAGAAAUCGUAGCUUCUCCACUCGUUCGUGAUUAACAUAGGAUGACUGGGAUUUGGUGCUUGUACCUGGAAUUAGCUGUUGCGGAAUGUAAACUGUCCAAAUUUUCUAAGCUACACUGGAUUCCAGCUCCUUUUCUUAACGUGAAAUAUAAUUUACUUUCUCAA